AAAAAAAUUCAACAAAAGACAAAAAAAAAUCCACUAUCCGUUUUACGUCAAGCAAUAGGUCGAGUCACUCCCGAUAUAACAGUCAAAGCAAGACGGGUAGGUGGAUCAACUCACCAAGUUCCCGUUGAAAUAGGAUCCACACAAGGAAAAGCACUUGCGAUUCGUUGGUUAUUAGCGGCAUCCCGAAAACGUCCAGGAAAAGAUAUGGCUUUCAAAUUAAGUUCCGAAUUAGUCGAUGCUGCCAAAGGGAGUGGCGCUGCCAUACGCAAAAAGGAAGAGACUCAUAGAAUGGCAGAGUCAAAUAGAGCUUUUGCGCAUUUUCGUUAAUCCAUGAAUAGAGUUUGAGGGUCUGGUCUGGUCUAUCCAGCUUAAUUGGAAAAGAAUCAAGAGAAAAAGUAAAUAAUCACAAGUAAUAUAAAUUGAUUUCGAAAAAUUGACACAUAAAUCAGGAAUAAACUAAACUCUCUCGGGGACUUUUUUAAAGAGGAACCUCGUGUGAAUACCAUGCAAUUGGCACUUUUUUUUUAUUUUAAUUGGAAGCAGUUACUAAUUCAUGAGCUAGGAGAUAUACAGAAUGAAAACUUCAUUUUAUAAAAAAGAUAAUACCUUGGUUAGAUUUCAUCUCUUCAACAAGUUUAGUAAUGAGCAUAAUGGCCUAUUGUUCCGAUGGAAAGACGACCCAAUUCUUAGCUUUUCAAUCAAUUUCCAAACAAACAAAUUGAACGAAACCUUUCAAUUUCUUAUUUGACUAUAUUGAACUGUAUUCAUUUCUCUAUCCCUAUAGUACAUUAAAUAUAAAGAAGCUUUAGUAAGAAUGUUUUGAUGUGGUGCUAAGUAUUUCAAAAUUCUAUUUGUAUUUGUAACUCCAAAAUGUUUUCGUUUUCACUCCUACCUAGUAUAUGGAUAGACCAAUAGGAUUAUGAACUUAGAAUUUUAAAAACGUAUCUAAAUAAACUAAAUAAAUGUAUUGAUAUGGAUUCCUAAUCCCUCCGUUAUUCCAUUCAAUUUAGGAAUAGGAAUAAACGUAAUGAGACUUUCAUUUUAAAUAUUUCUAUUUGCUCUAUUUGUUUUGUAAAGAAUCGAGAAAUAGGUUUGAUUGUCCAUUUUUUGGAUAUUUUUUGAUAUAGAUAAAAUAUUCUUCGGAUACUGAAACAUAGAAGCAGUUGGAUACCUAACUCGGGC